AUGGCUGAUCGCAACUUCGCUCACUGGUUCUCUGUACCUCGCUUGCUCACUGGGUUUGUGUUAAUAGCUUCGACCUUUGCUGUUCUGCCUCUCGUUAGUGGCACCACUGAUGCUUCUGAUGUUCAAGCACUUCAGGUUUUGUACACAUCGGUAAACAGUCCUUCUCAGCUAACUGGUUGGAAAAUUAGUGGCGGUGAUCCAUGUGGAGAAUCAUGGAAAGGGGUAACUUGUGAGGGCUCAGCUGUUGUUUCAAUAGAGGUUUCUGGGUUAGGUCUCAGUGGAACUAUGGGAUACUUGCUUUCUGACCUGUUGUCGUUGAGAAAAUUUGAUUUGAGUGACAACAAUUUUCACGAUACACUCCCGUAUCAGCUACCUCCAAAUCUUACAAGCCUAAAUCUUGCAAGGAACAACUUCACUGGGAAUUUACCUUAUUCCAUUGCUAACAUGGUUUCUCUCGGUUAUUUGAAUGUUAGCCAUAACUCACUAUCCCAGGAUCUAUCUCUUAACAACUUCUCUGGUGAUAUUCCUAAUUCCUUCACUUCAUUGAACAAUCUUUCUUCCCUCUAUGUCCAGAACAAUCAAUUGACUGGUUCCCUCAAUGUUCUUACGGGUUUGCCAUUGACUACUUUAAAUGUCGCCAACAACCAUUUCAACGGGUGGAUACCACACGAGCUUAGUUCAAUUCAUACUUUUAUUUAUGAUGGAAAUGCUUUUAAAAAUGGUCCUGCUCCUCCGCCGCCACCGUAUAACCCACCUCCCCCAGGAAGAUCCGAUAAGAAUCACAAUCAUUCUGGAUCUGGAACACAUCCAGAGCGUUCUGAUGGAAAAUCACAUGACUCAAAAAAAGGGCUGACAGUUGGGGCUUUGGUAGGGAUAAUUCUGGGUUCUGUUGUUGUUGCUCUCAUUAUCUUACUUGCUCUUGCCUUUUGCAUUCGCAAAAAUAAAAGGGAGGACCGUGUUGCAAGAGCUUCAGGGGGAAGUCUCACUGUUCCCACAAGUAAUGUAAACACUGAGAUGCAAGAGCAGAGGGUAAAAAGUGUGGCUACUAUAACUGAUCUCAAGCCCCCACCUGCAGAAAUAUUGGUGGUUGAUAGGUUACAUAAUAAAAAUGGAUCAAUAAAAAGGAUAAAAUCACCUAUCACUGCUACUCCUUAUACGGUUGCUACUCUCCAAACAGCAACAAAUAGCUUUAGUCAAGAAUUUCUUGUUGGUGAAGGUUCUCUUGGUCGUGUAUACAGAGCAGAUUUCCCUAACGGAAAGAUAAUGGCCAUUAAGAAAAUUGACAAUGCAGCACUAUCCUUACAAGAGGAAGAUAAUUUUCUUGAAGCUGUUUCAAAUAUGUCGCGUUUGAGGCAUCCAAACAUUGUUACACUGGCUGGAUAUUGUGCAGAGCAUGGACAGCGUCUUCUAGUUUAUGAGCAUAUAGGAAAUGGGAGCUUGCAUGACAUUCUUCAUUUUGCUGAAGAUGGCAGUAAUACUCUGACUUGGAAUGCCCGUGUUAGGGUAGCACUUGGCACAGCUCGAGCUUUAGAGUACUUGCACGAAGUUUGCUUACCUUCCGUUGUGCAUAGAAACUUCAAGUCAGCAAAUAUUUUACUUGAUGAAGAGCUCAAUCCCCACUUAUCUGACUGUGGUCUAGCUGCUCUGACGCCAAACACAGAGCGACAGGUUUCAACUCAGAUGGUAGGUUCAUUUGGUUAUAGUGCUCCUGAAUUUGCCUUGUCAGGAGUGUACACUGUAAAAAGUGAUGUCUACAGCUUUGGGGUGGUGAUGCUUGAGCUAUUGACUGGUCGCAAGCCACUAGACAGUUCAAGGGUGAGGUCAGAACAAUCCCUUGUGAGAUGGGCUACUCCCCAACUCCAUGAUAUAGAUGCCCUAGCAAAAAUGGUUGAUCCUGCACUAAAUGGCAUGUAUCCUGCGAAGUCUCUUUCACGUUUUGCUGACAUCAUUGCCCUCUGUGUUCAGCCGGAACCUGAAUUUCGGCCUCCCAUGUCUGAAGUUGUACAAGCACUGGUGCGCUUAGUGCAAAGAGCAAGCGUGGUCAAAAGACGUUCCAGUGAUGAAUCUGGUUUUUCGUACAAGACCCCUGAUCAUGAAGCAAUUGACAUGUCAUUUUAA